AUGGACAAACUAGCGAUCGAAAUAUGUGUUCGGGACGACGGCGGUACCUAUUUUCGUGAUAGCCUUAAGGAGAAGAGAUAUGGGUAUAGAUGCUUGUUCGAGAUCGACGGGAUAUUCACAUCUCUUGGCCUUACUUCAUGGAUUAUCAUCCUAGAUGAAGAGCACUUCCGAGCCAAGAAGCAAGCCCUCAAAAGAUGGAGGGAGACACGGCGGCGCAGCCCCGAAGAGGCACACGAGGAAUCAUCAUCGGAUGCAAAGCUUCUGCCUAGCUAUUGGACGGAAGCAUCUAACCACGCGUUUGGAUUUGACUUUCAUGUCGGAGGCCCUCCACGCAACAUGCACCCUGAAAGUCAAAUACACAUGAGCAAAUCAACAUAA